UUGGAAACGUCCACUUAUAAAAUGGAAAACGGCGAAGAAAUAGUCAAAGUGAACAAAAUGCAAAUGUCCAAUGGAAUAAAUCAGGCGUACUUAAAUGGCCCCGACCAGAUCAUACCAGCAGAUGAUUACAUAUCAUGUGUGCCGGGAGGCUACGUUAAACUUCGAAUGCAAACCCGAGGACCGGCAGCCGAACCUCCUAUUUCUGUACCAGGCCUCCUCAAUCGAACAACCGCUAGAUAUCCUGAUGGUACAGCAUUAGCAACAAAAAGGAAUGGACAGUGGCAGAAAAUUACUUACAAACAGUACCAGGAGCGUGUGCGUACGAUAGCAAAGGCUUUCCUGAAAUUAGGCUUGGAACGCCACCACUCGGUGUGCAUACUUGGCUUUAAUUCGGAAGAAUGGUAUAUUGCCGACCUCGCUGCUAUUCAUGCUGGAGGUUAUGCAGCUGGUAUUUAUACAACAAAUUCCCCAGAAGCCUGUUACCACUGCUUGGAGACCUCCCGCGCUAAUAUAUGUGCAGUGCAGGAUAAAAAGCAACUCGAUAAAAUAUUAUCAAUACGCAGUCGCCUCAAGCACUUAAAAGCUAUAGUACAAUGGGAAGGACCCGUGGACACUUCCGUGCCGGGAGUUUAUAGCUGGGAACAGAUAAUGGAAAUUGGUGCCAAGGAAUCUGAUACAGAAUUAGAUAACAUUUUAAAAUCGAUGGCUGUUAAUGAAUGCUGUACUUUAGUAUAUACCUCCGGCACUGUCGGUCCACCAAAAGCCGUGAUGCUGUCGCACGAUAAUCUGACGUGGGACGCGUUCUCGAUCAGUGAGCGAGUGCGGGACUUGAAGCCGACCGAAGAUCGUCUCAUUUCUUUCCUGCCUCUAAGCCACGUCGCUGCCCAGGUAGUGGACAUGUAUACAACCUUGACCAACGGCGUUCCAGUGUAUUUUGCGCAGCCUGAUGCGCUGAAGGGCAGUUUGAUCGAAACUCUGAAGGAAGUUCGACCGACAAGGUUCCUUGCCGUACCACGAGUAUGGGAAAAAAUACAUGAGAAAUUAAUGGCAGUGGGUGCCUCUAGUGGCAGCUUAAGACGUUACAUUGUCUCCUGGGCCAAGGAUAAAGGCACGAAACACCACGAAGCUAGAAUUAAUGGUGCCCUCUCGGCUGAGAUGACAGGACUCCCAAUAGACUUCACUACCCUCGAAAUGUUACGGUAUUGGCAAGACGGCUCGAGCUGCGGUUACAAGAUGGCGCGCUCGCUAAUAUUCAGCAAGGUGCGCGACCAGCUGGGACUAGACCAGUGCGAGACGUUCGUCACCGCGGCCGCGCCGCUCUCGCCUGACAUCAAGAAGUUCUUCAUGUCGCUUGACAUACCCAUCGUGGAUGCAUUCGGAAUGAGCGAGGCCGCCGGUGCACACACGCUAAGUAUAUAUCCAAAAUUCAAGCUUGAUUCAUCGGGUGAGUUGCUAGAAGGCACAGAGACGAAGUUCGGGGGGUCAGUAAGUCCGAACGGUCCUGGCGAGAUCAUGAUGCGCGGUCGCCAUGUUUUCAUGGGCUACCUAAACGACGAGGAGAAGACUAGGGCGACUAUAGAUGAAGAAGGCUGGCUACAUUCAGGCGACGUCGGUAAAGUCGACAGCAACAACUUGCUUUACAUAACGGGAAGAAUUAAGGAAUUACUAAUUACGGCGGGCGGCGAGAACAUCGCGCCCGUACUCAUCGAGCAGACGGUACAAGCGGAAUUGCUUCAUGUGGGCUACGCGGUGCUAAUUGGUGAUAGACGCAAGUUCCUCUCCAUCCUGCUCACACUUAAGGCAAAAGUUGAUCCGGAGACAGGAGAUCCACUGGACGAGCUGGAAACGGAAACUGGAAAAUGGGUUGCAAGUCUUGGAAGCAAUGCCAAAACGAUUAGUGAAAUUGUCAAGACAAAGGACCCGGCAGUCCAUAAAGCAAUAGAAGAAGGUAUAGCUCGUGCCAACAAGCAUGCUAUAUCUAACGCGCAAAAGAUACAGAAAUUUGCGAUACUGCCUGCAGACUUUUCUAUGAACACAGGAGAAUUGGGACCUACGCUUAAAAUAAAGAGAAAUGUUGUUUAUGAAAAAUAUAAGGAAAUUAUAGAAGAGUUUUACAAGGAAUAA